GGGCGCGGGGGGCCGGGCGGGGGCGGCGGGCAGGAUGCUGAGCCGCCUGCAGGAGCUGCGGAAGGAGGAGGAGACGCUGCUGCGGGUGAAGGCGGCACUGCACGAGCAGCUCACCCGGCUCAAGGUGGAGGAGCUCGCGCUGCAGUCCAUGAUCCGGUCCCGGGAGGAGGACCUGGCCGCCGCCCCGGGCGCGGAGGACCCGCAGCAGAUCCUCGGGCAGAUGGACGACGAGGCUGCUAUCAAUCAAACGGAAUUACAGCUGAGUAUUCGAGAUUAUGAAGAGGAGAUGGAAGAGGAGGAGGAAUCGGAUUCUUGAGGGAGAAAAGAGUCAAAAUGGUUUUUAAUACAGACUCAGGAAUUCCUUCUUUGUUCUUGC